UUAGUCGGUUAAGUUGCGUCUCAACCUCCGUAUUGGAAGGUUGUGUUUACUUUUGUAAUCUCUUUUUUUGGUUUUUGUGAUUCAACAGAUUGCAUGUAAAAUCUUUUGUGUUGUUGUAUUGUUAAAAAAGUAAUGUUAUUGUCAGUCUGUAAACGACAUCCGUGAUGGAUUUAGUGUGUUGUCAAGUGUUUUGUGCUAUUGGAAAAAAGUUUUGAAGAUAAAUCAUCUCUCCGAGACCGUGUCCAAACUGUACCAAUCGUCGUUUGUCGUCUUUGUUUUGUUUAUCGGCAUAUAUAAUUCCGGAGUUUUUUCACAUUACGCUACAAUUUUUCAAGACAUGCAAGUUGGAAAUUUCCAGUGAACACAUUUACGAAAUAGGCAAAAUUCCAAUUGAGAUGACAAUUUAAUUACAAGACAAGUGGAAUGACGACUGCUACCAGUGGAGGAGGUGGUGCCAGUGGAGGUGGCGUUGGCGGUGCACUAAGUCUCAUGGGAUGCGUUCGUGAAGCGUCCCCCACUCCAGUUGAUCAGCAUCCGCUGCGACUUAGAAAUUUCCAGCACAGCGUUGACGCAUUACCAAAAGAACCAAAGAAGAGACGAUUUCAUCCUUUGCGAGGACUACGAAGGAUAUUUAGGAGAAAAAGCCGUGGAGCGGCGGAUUCUCGUCUCACUUCCGGCCUAACUGAUGGUGAUUUACUGGCUCGCGAUCGUGAGGAAGUCACUUUGCGACAUCCUGGAGGGCGAACAGAAGAAGCACGUAGUCGAAGUGCUAGUGAACUUCUCACGGAUUCCUGCGACAGAGAAAGUAUAGAACAAAUUGGCUGGCCAGAUAAAUACGGAAUAGUCUUGUCAUUGAAGUCUGAGAAUACUUUCAAACAUGUCUUUCUCAGAAGAAAUGGUGAGGAUGAUUCCUUCACGAAAUUUCGAGGAGGAGCCGGACAACUUUCAGUUUCGCAUGACAGUGUUUUUCCUGGAGAAGUGCCUCACACUCGUCCCCUAUCUCUCGAAUCUCUUACAACCCUUGAGCGAAGGCAAUCUAAUACUGGAGACGAGGCAGAGCACAACCGAGAGUACAAGUCACAUGUGGCCCAAAGGCAAAGGAUAUCGUUGAGGGUGCUGGAGCAAAUAAAGACAGUCAUAGAGAACCGGAACCAUCAAGCCUCUACGACCUCCACGGAUUCCCCCCAAAAUCGCUUUGGAAGUUACGAAAUUCAGGAAAAGUCAGAGGAUUCGCAAACACGAGUAACAAGAACGAUAAAAGAUUCCACUGAACGAAUUGCCUCGACGCAAAAGGAGGAUUUACCACAACUGGAGACUGCUAGUUUGAAUCACACGGCCGCUCAUCACAGGAUAUCGGUCCGACCGAAGAACAGAAGACCGCCGAAGAGAAAUGCCGUUCAAAAUGGCAUCAUCUCGAGCAAUAUUCCGCCGACGAUAAACGAGAGUUCGGACACCCUCGACAGUCUUGAGCUGAUUAGCAGUGGAGUCAGUAGUAGUAAUGCCAGUUCGCCAGUUGAAUCGAAAAAUGUUUCAAUUUUAAGGAAAUCCUCGAGUAGACUCUCGAGGAAUUCCGACAUCUUCGAGGAAUUGGAGGCCAAACUCCCCAGGAAGCCCAGCAGUGUCAUUUCUCUUUCACCCGAUAGUUUAGACUCAACACCUUCACGGACUUUCAAUGACACCACCGGCGUCGACAGCGAGGAUCAUUCCCCAGAAAAUCGAUCUAUCACGAGAAGGCCUUCUAAUCGAACUUCGAAAGGUUCGGACAUUUUGGAGAAGAUGGAAAUUAAAUUACCACGGCGAAGAUCGUCUUCAAAUCGACUCUCCAAGUCUCCUGACAGUCUCGAAAAUUCGUUACCAUGGUUCUCCAAAUCGACGGAGGGUUUCGACAAACUCGUCGAGAAUGAGGAGACGAAACAAAAAUCGUCGACGAGACGAUUUUUGAAUCCAAUUUCAAAGAGCAUCGAUCGAGUCUCAAAAUCUUCGGACAGUUUGGAAGUCAUCGACGCUCUCACUAGUGACGAUUCUAUCGAACGUCGUCGCAGUAGCUUUGAUUUCAGACCACGCAGGUCCGCGGCGAAAGUGAUGUCUAAGUCAACCGAGAACUUCGAGGCACUCGGUCAUCAUCAAAAGUCCGAGGAAAUAGUUUCACUACAGAAAAGAUGUAGCGCUUCGGAUAUAAAUCUCUCGCGGGACAGGAGAACGCGUUGCAAACUAUUUUCCGAAUCCACGGAUAGUUUUGAUAGACUCGAAGCUGUGGAAACGAAACCAAUGGAUGUUGACGUGGAAUUUAAAAAGAACUUUUGGCGUUCGUCGGAAAGUUCCGAUAAUCCUGAACUCGACGAAAUACCAGAAAGUCGACGAGUGAGAAGACCACCCAAGAGAAUUCCAAGUAAAAAUCUCGUCGAUUCAUCGCCAAUCAUUGCACAAUGCGAAGAGAGACGACCAACUCCUGUUCCAAAGCCAAGACUUCAAAAGUCAUCGGAAAGUUCGGAACUUGGAAGCACUGAUACUCUCGGUUCCGAUAGAAGAAAUAAAUCCUCCGACAGUACAGAGACUCUCGAUAGUUUAGAAAAGGAUCUCGAACAAGAUAGAAGGGAGAAUGAAAUCAUGGAUAAUGCCACUGACCGGGGGGAUAAAUCCGACCCAUUGUUUGACAGUACGUCGACGGAGGAAUCGGCGAACGCCGAUGGUAAUGAAGAAAAUAAUUCUGUGAUCUCUAAUGACAAAUCAUAUUGGAGACAAUCGUCUGAAUCAAAGGAAAAUCUCGACAUACAUCAAUUAUUGGCUAUCACGAUAGUGACACAAAUGGCAAGUGAUAAUGGCAACAAUCAACGUGGAACUAAUGUAUUUUUGAAGAAAAAUCAAACCUCACCUCCAACGUCACCACUAGUGAAACCUGAAGAUAACAAAAUGCUCUUUAACAAUUUACUAUCGAAUAAAAAUGACGAGGACUUACAGAAUAUGCUUAAUGGAAACAUAUCGGAGGUGUCAACCGAUACCAAGAGCUUUAAAGAGAAAUUGAUUAUGUUCGAGAGACUUGGCAAAUAAAAAAAAAUCCUUUUUUUUUGAAAAUUACUCCAAACUUUUUUAAGAAAAAAGUGAUAUAUAAAUUUUUGUUGUUGGAAUAAAUUUCCCUAAAAAAAAAAUUAUUUCGAGAGAAAGAAAAUCAAAAAACCUUGUCAAGAGGUUUGCAAAUUAUAUUAAUCUAACGUUGGUGAAAUUUACAACGAUUAUAAUCAACAAAAAUAGAAGAAAAAAUAUUUGUCUAUUACAAUUUUUCUCCUAAGAAAAUUUUCCCAAUGAUUCUUCAUCGACUUAAAAGAAAACUUAAAGGAAAUCCCCCCCCCCCACAAAAAAAUGCAAAAAAAAGUAAAAAACACUUACAAAAAAAUAUAAAAAUAAUUCUGAACAAAAAAUACCUUUUUUUGUCUAAAAACUAUUUUUUUUCUUCCAAUCGUUGAUAAUAAACGUUCGAAAUUUCACCCACAAAACAAAGUCAAAAUUGAAAAAAUAAUUAUAUUUGUGCAGAGCACAAUUGUUUAUUGUUAUAGAGAAAAUUUUUUAAAAUUCUAUUUGUAGUUUCGAUUGCAGAAUUCGUAUAUGUGUACAAUAUUUAUAUAAUUUAUUAAUUUCAAAUUGUUUUUUUUUACAAAAUAGUUGCUUUGAUUAAUAUGCAUUUAAAGAGAAUUGAUAAUAUUUAAAUUUUGUCUCCGUUUUUAUAUAUUUUUGUCAAAAAAAAAAGAAAAAAAAUUUACAAGGAAAGAAAAUCUAACUGUUGCUUUAUUAUUGUACUGUGUAUUGAUAAAUUAAAAGAAAAACAGUGAGUGAAUUUACAACGUUCAUGACAGUAAAAUAUUAAAACGACUUAUGCUUGUCAUAGAAUUUAGAACAUGAUUACAACACAAGUUAUUGUUGUACAGUAGCAUAUAUAAAUAUCAUAAUUGUAAAUAAAGUAAAUGCCCAAAAAUCAAA